AGACAAAUUCUUCUCUCUCCUUGCGCACACGCAUAUACACACAUGCAUGCACUGCUUUCCCUCUGCCUGUUUGGGCUAUUGUGCGAUUAACUCUAAAUCGUCAAUCUCCCAAGUUUGUCUUUUGGGCAAAAAUGUUGAGAGAAAACUCAAGUUUCAUCGAAACUAUCUUGUACGAUAAUCCUGAAUGUAAGCUUUUGAAAAAUGGGAGUGAAGGAGCGAUCUACCACUUGGCCAAUGUCAUGUUUACACUGGGCUACAUGAGUGGCAGUGGUUUUUUUGGUCUAGUUUAUAUAUUGAGUCUUUUAGGCGUUGGGUUUUUCAUUCAGUCUAUUUGGGGCUGGGUCGAUGCGUGCGGGGUGGAUAUUUUUAUGUGGAGUCUGUUACUUUUUGUGCUGUGCUUGGUCCAACUCGCGCACAUUGGCUACCGGCUGAGGAAAGUGACUUUCGAGGAAGACUUCGCUAAUCUUUACAAAACCAUGUUUCGGCCUCUGGAUGUGCCGCUUAACGUCUACAAGGAGAUCGUGAGGUGCUGCGAUGCCGAGGUGAUGAAUCUUGCCCGCGACCAGAACUACGCGGUGGAGGGCAAAACCGCUAUCGAUCGCUUGUCCCUGCUGCUGGCAGGCAGGGUUCGUGUUACUCAUGAUCAGCAGUUCCUGCACUAUAUCUUUCCCUAUCAAUUCCUUGAUUCUCCAGAAUGGGAAUCUCUGCGGCCUAAUGAGGAAGGCAAUUUUCAAGUGACCCUGACAGCUGAAACAGAUUCUUGUUAUGUGACUUGGAAGAGAAGAAAGCUAUAUCUGCUCUUGGCUAAACAUCAUUAUAUUGCACGCCUUUUCACUGUUAUGCUUGGAAAUGACAUUGCAGACAAACUUUACUCGCUUAUUGACAAGCUCUACUGCAGGGGUGGGGUCCGCUAUGACAUCCGUCUACCCAGUCUUUACCAUGUGUUAGCACCUUCUGUCGAAGCUGAGAAGGAGAAGAUUGCAGAGAGUCCCCAUCAUGUUCCUCAGAGUUCAGUUAAGCCUCAGGAGUCUCCCUUUAAAAAACCAUGGCCUGACAGCAACGACCUGAUUGGUGAGGAUUCCACCAGCCUUGUUUUGGAGGACUUUGCAGAUAUGACUGGAUCAUUUAUGGAAUAUACCAGUGAAAGGGAGUACAUGAAAUAGUGGUCCAGUAAAUGUGAUAAAACCCUGUCACUGUCCAUUUAUGUAUGUUAACAAUUCUCGGAGUGGCAUUCGUAAGGAAUAUGCCCCAUUGGCUCCCACUCAGACACCAGAACUCUGAGUACUACUACUGGGAAAAGAACCCAGCAUGGGGAAACAGAAAACAAUUAUUAUUUAAACUUCCAAUGAAUAUCAAAAUUGAACAAAAAUUAGUCUUGUUUAUUAAUACGCUCCUACAUUGUAUUCCAAUGUGGUUUCCAAAAUAAGCAACCAAUAUUGUACCAGCAGGUUGAUACGAUUCAUCAUCGACAGUACAGUGGGUUACAGUAUUUAUAGCAUUAAUAGAAUGAGUCUGAAUGAGCAUGGCACUAUUGAAUUACAAUUUUAACUUUUAACUUUUAUUAUGUUUAAUCACUUGGGACAAAAUAAAAAUCAUUAAUUGUGUGGUUUAAUAUGAAAAAGCAAUGGCAAAUUGACAAAUUUUCCAUUGAAAAUUCUGGCAGGAUUCUGUGAACAACACAGAGAAAUACAGAAAGAAAGUUGUUUCACUAGUAGGAAACAAGGCUAGAAAUGAAAGGUUAUGUUGUAACAAGGUUUGAAUGUAUUGUUAGUUAAGUGUGGUACUACAUUACUACCCAAAUAUGUAAUUAGGAACAUAGGAAUUGUUAGAUGAAAGAAGACCAAGAUACAUCUAGUUUGCCUUCUAUCAUCUUGGUAGUCAUAUGAUACAAGAACUUCUUUGGAAUAUUUUAACUUAACAGGUAUAAUAAUGCUGCAAAACUUAAAUUAGUAAAGGUUUGAAAUUUUGUGCAACUGUUGGAAGCCAUCUACAUGAUUUAAUAUUGUAUAUCUUGACAGCUACUCUGAUUUGAGUAAUAAUACUGAUUUCAAAUAAAGACAUCAUUCCUGGAACUCAAGCAGCUGUAACUAUGAAAUAUGGAUUAAUAAACAAAAUAAGCAUCUACACGUGCAAAA